UUUGAUGAAGUUGCCAACACUAUCCAAAGAGGCAGAGAUAAUGGUUUGGCUCCUUACAACUUGUACAGAAGAGCCUGUGGACUAUACAUUGUUAGAUCAUUCAACGACUCAGUGUUUGGAUCAAAUGGCGCGGCUCUCAGUAAAAUAUACAAUAAUGUCAACGAUAUUGAUGUGUACACUGGUGGUAUGGCUGAAGAGAACCUCCCAGGAUCAAGUGUUGGACCGCUAUUUGCCAAUCUUAUUGCCAGACAGUUUAGAGACCUUAGGGAUGGCGAU